AUGAAGCAAUUGGGCGAAGGCAUCCAGACUUACAAUCAAGCCGUGAUGGAGUACAAUGCUGGCCAAGCCUUGACUGAAAAGAUUCAAUCAACUAACCAUAUUUUGCAAGCCCAACUUCAUAUCUGCCACGAGGGAAAAGAAGAAUUGGACAAACUUGAGGAGGAGCAGAAAAAGAUUGAGGCCAGAAAAUCAACCAUCCUUGCCAAGAUUGACAAUGCGGUCCAAGACUCUUGGCCACAUCAGGUCGAACUAGAAAAGUUUAUGCAGCAACAGGCCGAUUUCCAAGAGAAAGAAGACGACUACAAGACCUUGAUGAGUGCAAGGGCCAAAUUUUUGGUUAACUUGAAAACCACCAUCCAAAAGCAUCUUUAA